UGCGCGCCGCCGAGGGGAGGCCUGGCGGGGGCGCGGGCGCGGGCUCGGGCGGCCUUCGGGAGAGGAACGCCGCCAGGCGGCCGCGAUGCGAUGGAGAGCGAGGCCCCCCCCACUCCGGCUCCCAGCCCUGCCCCGCCGGCCCGGGCGACGCGCACCAGCCACCGUCUGAGCGCCGGGCCCUGGAAGCGGCCCGCGGGGGGCGCCCCCGACGCCGCCGCAUCCCUCGCCAGCGGCCCCCCGGCCGGCCCCAGCGCCGCCGCCGCCCCCGCCUGGCCGCGCUUCUGGGAGGGGCAGGACGUGCUGGCGCGCUGGACCGACGGGCUGCUCUACCUGGGCACCAUCAAGAAGGUGGACCCCCUGCGGCAGGUGUGCCUGGUGCAGUUCGAGGACGACUCGCAGUUCCUGGUGCUCUGGAAGGACAUCAACCCAGCCGCGGUGCCCGGGGAGGAGAGGUCCUGCUGCGUGUGCCACCUGGAGGGCCUGGGCCCGGAGAACCCGCUGGUGCGGUGCCAGAAAUGCAGCCACGCCUACCACCAGGAAUGCCACCUGCCCAGAGUGCUCAGCGAGGGGGCCUGGAUGUGCCGCCAGUGCGUCUUUGCCGUGGCCACCAAGCGGGGGGGUGCCCUCAAGAAAGGCCCCUACGCCAAAGCCAUGCUGAGCAUGAAGCUGGUGCUGCCGUACCAGGUCAAGGUGCUCGAGUGGGACGCCGAGCAUCUCACCAACCGGCAGCAGUGCUACUGCUACUGCGGGGGUCCCGGCGAGUGGAACCUCAAGAUGCUCCAGUGCCGCCAGUGUGCCCAGUGGUUCCACGAGGCCUGCACGCAGUGCCUCAGCAAGCCCUUGCUCUACGGGGACAGGUUCUACGUGUUUGAGUGCUCCGUGUGCAGGGGGGGCCCAGAGACCGUUCGCCGCCUCCCUCUGAGAUGGGUGGAUGUGGCCCACCUCGUCCUCUACCACCUGAGCAUCUGUUGCAAGAAGAAGUACUUCGACUUCGAGCGAGAGAUCCUCCCUUUCGCCAGCGAGAACUGGGACAGCCUGCUGCCGGGAGAGCUCUCGGACACGCCCAAGGGGGAGCGGUACAGUCAGCUGCUGAAUGCCCUGACCACACACAAGGACAGGUUCAUCUCGGGGAAGGAAAUCAAGAAGCGCAAAGGCCUCUUCGGGCUGCACCUGCGUGUCCCGCCUCCGGCACCCCACAGCCCAGGUGGGCAUGGGGACAGCGGCUCCCCCCUCCUGCCAGACAGCAGCUUCCUUUCAGGGCAGGGCGGCAGGCGUGGGAAGGGGCUGGAGCACCGGAAGGCCAGACCGCGCCGCUGCCGGGUGUGGGAGCCAGCCCCGAGUGUGGCGCUGCGCAGCACCACGGAGAGGGAGAGGCUGGAGAGGGCCCUCGCUCAGGAGGUGGCGCAGAACCCGGCCAGCGCUAACCAGAGCUACAGUGGCUUCAGCGGCACCUCUGGCACCUACAACUUCCGCCGCACUGAUGCCCGCUGCCAGGACAGCGCCUCCAUCCGGAUGUUCGCCUCCUUCCAUCCCUCAGCCAACACCGCAGGGACCUUGAGCACAAGCAGCGGACCCUCCCUCGACCCCUGCGACCCUGCCGCCGCCACGGAGCACGAGAGUCCCGAACCCCCCGCCGCCGCCUCGCCCCACUCGGCUGCUGCCUCCAAACACCUGGCCCACCAGCCCCCUGCCUCCGCUCCCUCCACCCUCUGCGCCCCCACAAGCACCCCCUCCACCAGCAGCUACUUCGGAGCCAUGGGACGGCUGGCGCGGGGCGAGGCUGUGCGUAUCCUGGCCAGGCGCGUCACCACGGACGGCACCGCCCAGUACCUUGUGGAGUGGGACGGUGGAGGCAUGUUCUAGCCACUGUGGCCACCUCUGCACUCCGCUUGAGGGAGGGGGAGCCACAGGACAGUUCCACGGAGGACCCUGCCCUACUCACAAGGCAGGCGGGACACGGACUGGGCAGCUGCAGCCCAGAUGGAGAGAGGGGGAGACGCUGGCUCUCCCUUGCGAACUGGGCGCCGGUGCAAAGAGUUUUAUUUUGGCUUAUUUUUUUACUGUUUGUUGGGAAAGUCUUAUUUAAAGAGGCCUGAGAUGGAAGAGGGACUUGGGCGCCGCUUCCUGGGUGGGGGCGAGGGAGGCCUGCCUGUCGCCCCCGCCCCGCCGCCGCUUCUGUGUGCCCCGCUGCCGCUGCCGCAACACUGACUCUGUACAAAUGCCCCGCUGAAUAAAAAGGAAGCGCUUGUGGUAGA